UACAACCUAAGGAGUGCUCUAGAAAUAGGAACUGUAGAAGAAUGGGAGGAUGCGAAUGCCAGCUCAGCUUGAUGUCGGUUCAGCAAUAAUCUGCUUUCUCUGCUCCCAUCAACGUGUGAGUUGGUUAGGGCUCGUGAAAGUUGCUGGUAUAUCAGUGAUAAUGCUGUUGUAACAGUCAAAGAUAACACGGUGUCGGGAAGGAGCCUUGAAAUUACUUGUUUGAGACUAUUAAGGAAGUAAACAAGAGGAUGUCAAAUAGCAGGAACACUCAUUGGUGUUAUACUUGCAGGAGGCCCGUUCGACUGGGAAGGCGAGGUAUGGUUUGUCCUAGCUGUAAUGAGGGAUUUGUUCAAGAACUUGAUGAUAUGGUGAACGUUAACCCUCAAGACAUCUUUGGACUGGACCACAACAACGAACGUGACCAAAGGUUUGGACUCAUGGAAACUUUCUCACCCUUUAUGAGGCAUCGAAUGGCAGAUAGAAACCAUAGCCAUGGUAUCAGAGCACGGCCAGAUUCAAUUCCUGAACACAGUCCAGGUUUUGCUCCAUUGUUGAUCUUUGGUGGCCAAAUUCCUUUCAGAUUGUCAGGACAUGGUGGCUUUGAAGCUCUCUUUAAUGGAACUCCAGGAAUCGGGAUGACACGAGGUAACACAGGCGAUUAUUUUAUCGGUCCUGGACUUGAAGAACUGUUUGAACAGCUUUCAGCUAAUAACAGGCAAGGACCCCCACCAGCAUCAAGGUCCUCUAUAGAUGCAAUGCCUACUGUCAAGAUCACACAUAGGCAUCUUCGUUCAGAUUCACAUUGUCCAAUUUGCAAAGAUAAAUUCGAACUUGGGUCUGAAGCAAGACAAAUGCCAUGUAACCAUGUGUAUCACUCGGAUUGUAUUGUUCCUUGGUUGGUUCAGCAUAACUCUUGCCCGGUUUGUCGUCAAGAAUUGCCACCUCAAGGAUUGAGUGGUGGUAACCAUGGCUCAAAUGGUAGAAGUAGCAGUGGCAAUGGAAGGGCUAGUGGUAGAGAGAACCAGGGAAGGCGAAAUCCGUUCUCAUUUUUGUGGCCUUUCCGUUCUUCUAAUUCUAGCAGUAGUGAUGGAGCAACCGGAAGUAGCUCACCAACACCAACUAUCCAUGAGAAUAGCCAUCAUACUGGGUAUUCUGGGUGGCCAUUUGAAUGAAUAUGUGAGUAGAACAAUGUUUUCUUUUCUUUUUUCUUUGAAAUUAAUCUCCUUGUGAUUGAGAAAUGCUAUGCACUGAUGCUGGUUGCUUGGAGUGAAACGGUAUGAGACCUGAGUCUACCAGUCUGGAUCUGUUUUAUGAAGGUGUGAACUAUUUUGUAUAAAUAUUUAGUGUUUGGUAUAUUGUUUAAAUUUAAUAUUCAUGACUAUCAGUUUUUUUAUUUA